AUGAAUAGAUCUCGAUGGACUAUACAAGCUGAUAUUUCAGGGGGAAAUAAUGACGGGUUAGUGUUGACAACAAUAAAUACACGUUCAGUUAUUACAACGGGUUCUUUAAAUUCUGGAAAUAAAUUCAAACAAGGGCUGUCAUGGCACUGGAACAACACAUCAGACGGAAACUAUUUAACAAGUUUUACAAAAGCAGAAACGUUUUGUAACGGCAACUUUAUAGGAUACAAUGAAGAUUUUGCAAAACUUAGGUACGUUGUUGUUGAUCCGAGUAAAGGUACCGGCAGGCGCGGUGGAGAAAACAUAUCGGAAGUUCUCAAUCAACCUGAAAAGGCCGAAUACUACAAAUUAGAAUCUGGAUAUUUCAAUUUACAAUGUCAAGAGAAAAUAAAUUAUACAUUCAAUGUAAGAUCACAUUUAAAUCAAUGGCAAAACGCACUAUAUACAAGCGAUAGAAUGCCGAAAUAUGAGGUUAAAAUAAACGGCUGGACAAUUGCUGUUAAGCGAUAUGAAUAUGUAAAUCUUUAUCAUACAGUAACAGAUUUUUACAACGCUUUUCUUGUAGCUAAGGCCUUUAAUAUGGAACAAGGGAAUAUAACAAUCUUGUGGAUAGAUGGUCAUCCUUUUGGAGGUCUUGACGAAACUUGGAAAACAUUGUUUGGACAUGUUUUACGGGCAGGCGAUAUCACAAAACCAUGUUUAUUUAGUAAAAUUGUUUGGGGAAUUAUGGGAUAUCACAGUCCAUUAACUCGACAUGGUAUUCAAAGUGUGCCAUACAUAGAAGAAUUUAGAACUUUCUUUUUAACAACUCACGGUAUUUCACAAACUCAUGUUCUUGACUGUAAUAAAUUAAAAAUAUUAAUCAUUUGGAGAAGAAAUUAUUUAGCUCAUCCACGAAAGCCUUCUGGAGAAGUGACAAGAAAAAUAAAAAACGAGGACGAAUUGUUAGAAAGUGUGAAAACAGCGUUCCUGGGCCAUGAGGUAAAUGGCGUACAACUAGAUAUAUUUAACAUGAGUACGCAGCUUAAUCUGAUAGCAAGCACAGACAUUUUGGUCGGUAUGCACGGAGCAGCCUUGUCUCAUAUCCUAUUUUUACCUAAGCAUGCUGGCGUUGUAGAACUUUUUCCAAGUUAUUGGUCAGUUUCGAACAGACAUUUCGUAGCGUUUGCUAAGUGGAGAAAUAUUCAUCAUUUAUUAUGGAAAAAUAUAGACCCUAAAAGAGACAUUCGGAGGCAUUCAACAAUAGUAGACGUUAAAACUGUUACCGAUUUGAUUCUGCAGAUGAAGCAAAAGAUUUGCUGA